AUGUUGUUGACAUUGACCCGUGAAGAACGUAUACUCUUACGAGCAUCACAGCCAAAUUCAUCUGAAAUGCUCUACGUACGAAAUCUUUUUCGUUCUGCUGAUCAGCGACCACGCACUUGUCAUCUAUUUGGUCGACUAAUACCGAAAUUUAUUUACGAAUGGCGGGAUGAUUUCUACUUUUCUACACGUGUACUUUGUGUUUAUUCAUCGAUUAUUUUUCUUCUCUUCUUCAUUACUGUACAGGCAUGUGUACAAAUUCUACCGACUCUGCAUUCUAUACAAAUAACAAUGCAAACUUUUUUCAAUGUCAUAUCAGUGUUCAAUGAUAACAAUGAAAAUACCAUGUAUUCGAUUACUGAAAUUAAGCCUCAACAAUCUGAAUUUCCAGUACCAAACUUGCAACGGCCUUAUGUUUUAGCAGUAACACUAACUGUACUCAUAACGAUCAUUCAAUUACUUGCAUUACUAGCAAACAUUCGUCGAAAUCUAUUUCAAUCAUUUCGUGGUGAUGACAGCGAAAUACCACGACGGCAACGAUCAAAAUAUAUUUUAUAUGCAAUUGGUAAUAUGCAUUUUGCCGGAUACUUUAUCGGUUAUCUUAUCUGGGGUUACAUUAUUAUUGCAAUUUUUGCAAGUAUUCUAUGUAUUUGUAUCGAAGCUUUAAUUAUCUAUCGAAACGCUCGAUUUUUGGAAUAUAUUCUCAAAGCUAUUAUUCCAACUCUUCUAUUAAUUUACUUCAAAAAAUAUUUGAAUAUGUUACUAGCUCAGUAUAUUUUUCUUCAACAUUGUGGUAAAGUACUAGCAAUUAACAAUCGUCGAAUGUUGAUGAUUUUUAUCUAUUUUAAUUUUUUCUUGGAUGCUUUUCUUGGAUUUAUUUCAUCGAUCAUUCGGUUGAUUAAAAGUGUUAUGGCCGGCAUGCUUUAUAUGUGUCGAUUAGAUUAUUCUCCAUUAGGACGUAAAUUGGAAUUAUAUGAUGGCGGUUUUAAUGCCUAUUGUGGUUUUAUUCAUAGUGAAUGUGUUCAUCGACAUCCUGUAAUGUUGGUCUUUGUUUCACAUAUGUUAAGACAAUGUAAGAUGAAACAAUUUUUACAUAAUCGUGCUUUUGAUGACCUAAUCAUUAACAACGAUAAAUCGUUUAUGAUGAUAUCGAAGGAUCAACGAAAGAAAUCAUUACGAGCUAUUCAUAAAUGGCAUUUGGGUCUAUUGUUAGUUCGUAAUCCGAUGAUUGCUUUCUUUCGCAAGGCAUAUCUCAAUCGAUUGCAUGUAGAUGAUGUUCGAGUAUUGAAUGAUCUUGACAGUGAUAAUUUGAAGAAGAAUAUGAAUCAAAGAAUGUCAGCUUAUGUACAUCGCAGAUCCAUCACGCUUGCGAAUAGUAUCUCGUUGAUGAAUAUGUGA